AUGGAUAGAGACCAGCACGAGCUGCAGUUCCUUGGGUUCCCCGGCGUCUACAGAGAGAGCUCCAAGAUCAUCCUCAAAUGGAGGAAGAUCUUCGCCCAGAUCACGCUCGCGCUCAUCCUCCCUCUCUGCGUCGUCUUCCUCGCCCACUCCUUGGUCUCGCAGCUCCUCACCUCCAGGAUCGUCGACCACGAGAACGAUCAGAACUACGUCUUGGAGGGCAGCCAGAGCUACAGGGACCUGUCCCACGUGCUUAAGAAGGAGUGGGUAGCCUUCUGGCUCACCAUGCUCGGGUACUUCAUCUUCGUCUUUAUCUUCUCUCUGCUUUCGACCUCGGCUGUUGUCUAUACGGUGGCCUGCAUCUACGCCGCCAAGCAGAUUACUUUCAAGAAGAUCAUGAGCGUCGUGCCCAGAGUGUGGAAGAGGCUCAUGGCCACUUUCCUCUGGACUUUCGUAACCUUCGUAGCGUUCUUUGUGGUGGCUGUUGCGCUUUUGAUCGGAUGGGUCGUCAUCGUGAGCGCAUUUCUGGUUGGCUCUGAACUUGCGAUUGCCGUGUUGGUGAUUCUCCUGAUAUUGUACGUUGUUGUGUUUGUUUAUCUCACCAUGAUUUGGCAAUUGGCGAGUGUGAUCUCGGUUCUUGAAGAUGUGUACGGAAGGAAGGCGAUGGUGAAGAGCAGGGGGCUGAUAAAGGGCAAGAUGGGUAUGUCGGUUGGGUGUUUUCUUGGUGUCAUGCUGUGGUCUGCCCUAGUUGAGGCACUGUUUGAGUGCCUUGUGGUCUUGGACUUGGUUCAAGGGAUUGGAAUCAGGAUUGCGGGUGGACUGAUCUGCUUGUUGUUGCUGCUAAUGGUGGUCCUUUUUGAUUUGGUAGUCCAGACAGUGAUCUACUUUGUCUGCAAGUCUUACCACCACGAGAACAUUGAUAAGUCCUCUCUGUCUGAGCAUCUCGAGGUCUAUCUCGGAGACUACGUCCCUCUAAAGGCAAAUUCUGUCCAGCUUGAGCAACUUCAUGUCUGA